AACAUUCUCUACUCCCAACCCAUUCUCUCUCUCAAACUAUAGAUAAUAGACUAUAGUUCCCUCUUUCUAUUCUUUUUUACUUUUUCUAUCUUUUGUAGUUUUGUUGGGACCCUCAGCCUGCAAACUCAGCAAACUCAUCUGGGUCAUUAUUAAAUCUUCCCCAACCAGCAACACUUCCUCAUACCCAUUUCAUUUUCAACCGCAACACCCUUCUGGGUCUCUCUCUUUCUUUUUCUCUAUAACUCUUUUGGGUUUUGCAUGGCUAAGUGUCUGGGAGACUCUGAGCUCUGGCUUCCCUCUAAGUUUCUCACUGAGGAGGAGGCACUCAUGGACAAGGAAAACCUCAACAAAAAUGGGUUCAAUACUACUACUACUACUGCUGGGUUUGAACCGAGUCUCACCUUCCCAACUGAGUUUCCCUACGAGUUCGACUCGUUUGGCUCCAGCUCAGCUCUCAGCUCCCCGGUUGAGUCCGUUGCGGGUUCCACCGAAACAGAGAGCAGCGACGAGGAAGACUUCUUCGCCGGGUUAACUCGCCGCCUGACUCAGUCCUCUCUUCAGGAAACUCAGAAACUCACCGUCCCGAGUAGUUUCUCUCACACCAAACCCGAGUGGGUCAUGGCCGGGUCGCCUCAGUCGACGCUGAGUGGAAUCGGGAGCUGGUCAGUUCGAAGCGGUGUCUCAAGCAAUGGAAGCCCAAACGGCCCGUCUCGGUUCCCAUCUCCUCCAACGACGCCGUUCGGUGCUCAAAACGACACCUGGGAUUUAAUCUACGCAGCGGCUGGUCAAGUUGCGAGGCUCAAGGUAUCUGGUGAAUCUCAAAAGUACAACCCCCAAAGCAGAGGCCUACUGUCUUAUCCUAAUACAACCCCAGCAGCCAACUCGGCAGCUCCAAAAUCCUGCAACUUUGGGUUGUACCCCAACCAGCCUCUCACUCACAAUCUUCCCCAUACAGCUCAGUUUCAGCAUGUAAUGAAGCCACAGUGCUCUUCAAUUUGGGGGAGACAACAAGUGAAGGUGGGCUUUGCGACUCAGCAGCAAAGAGAGCCACAGAUACAGACUCAGAGUAGAGUGAGAAGCACUAAUGGGUAUGAGAGUGGAAGAAGUGGUGCUCGGCCUCUGGGUUUGCCUCAGUCUGCAUGGCCUACACUACAAGCACAGCAACAAAAUCAAGCGCCAAAUCCCAAUGGUUCAAGUAUAAGAGCUGGUGUUUUGCUUAGUGGAUCCAACACUUCUGUCAAAAGGGAAUGUGCUGGUACUGGGGUUUUCUUGCCUCGCAGAUAUAGCAACCCUCCAGAUUCUCGCAAGAAAACAAGUUGUCCAACAGUUUUAGUCCCAGCCAAGGUUGUUCAAGCUUUGAAUUUGAACUUUGAUGACAUGAAUGGUCACGUUCAGCCACGCUUCUAUACUGGUUUUACCUCAGACCAUGAUGCUAUUGUGGCUCGGAGGAAUGCUCUAUUGGCACAGCAAAGGCGAAGUUUACGCACUGAAGGAACACUUAACCAUGAAGUACAUCUGCCUCAAGAAUGGACAUACUAAACGCUGCAAUUAGUCUCUUUAUAUUAGAGUUUGUUUUGUUGGACACAGAAAGCAGUAUAUUAAAGUAGAAGGUUUGUGAUAGAUUAUGGUAUUUUGGGUUGGUUUUAUAAAGCAAGGAUAAUUCAAGAAUGCGAGUUGUAGUUGCAAUAAAAAGAUCCAGCUUUUUGAGGAGGUUGCAGCUUUUGGUGUUCUAGCUUUAGGUAAAGUAAGAACAGAAGGGAAGGGAGAAUAGUAGUGAGUAGGAGAGAGAUGGGUGUUGUUUAAAAGUUUUUAACUCCUUGUAAUAAGUUGGGGGUAAUUUCUUCCAUGGCUCAAUGGGUAAAAAAGAGAAUGGAGAAAAGUGUAAUUUGUGGGGGAGAGGGAAGGUUUUAAUUAAUUAAAUUAUGAGGUUGUAGAUGAGGUGAAUUUACAAACCUCUUGUAAUAUCCCAUAUCGGGUAAAACUUUAAUAAGAAAGCUCCAAGUUCUUGUCUCUAA